UUAGGAAGAAGGAAAAUUUUAAACUAUCAGAACUGUCAUAUGAGCCCGUUUGUAAGAGAUAUUCGACAGUAAAACUUUAAAGUUUCAAUACUGGCCGUCGUUCUCAGUAGUUUAAUUCUUUUGUGAAUUAAAAUCGUAGAUCGCUGUCUAAAAGUUAACUGACGAGAUGGCAAGAGCAAUGUCAACGUACUGCCGUAUUGAUGAUGAUAUUCACAUCUCUGUGUCCAUAGAAGAAAUAUCGAAGGAUAGGAAAUACAGAGAGCAGAAGAAACAUGAAGUUGCUAUUGCAGUCUGUGCCUUGUUCAACAGCAAUGGCGGAACAGUGGAAAUACGUGGUGAAGAAACGGAAGGUAACUUGGACUCCACUACGAUACUCGACUCCUUGAUUCGAACUCUAGAACAGUCAUUAAUGUCACGGUUUGGAGCUCAGAUAACAGAGUUGGUUUCUAUGCACUUCGAAGAUCAAAAUGCGAAAAAGAUAUCAAUUAAAGUCAGUAAAGCUCGCUUCCUCGCAACAGUUAAUUCUAAUCUCUACCGACCAACUCAAAAACAAGUUGCGCUCAUUGACAAUGUCCUGAAAGCGUUAAAAAUAAUGAACAGAAGAUUUGUUGAUCAACCCGUCCAACUUGGCUCACACCAGAAAAAAAUUCUUAAAAAUCAAAACUGUUGCCUCAGAGAAAAUGAGGUCACUCAAUUCAAGCACCUGAAAUCAGAUUCAUCAAAGCGUUUCACACUCGCAGAUCGUAUGAUUGGUAAAAGUAACAAAUUCAGUUGUUACGUAUCAGCGUUUGCUAACCACAGAGGUGGUCACAUUUACUAUGGUAUUGAUGAUGAUGGCGUUGUUCAUGGCGAGAACACAGAAAACAUUCCUGAAAUUGAGAAGAAAGUUGAAAAAGCCAUCCAGAAGAUGAUCUGGCCUGACGUGAUUGGUCAACCAAAACGAGGAGAACACUGGGAAAUAUUCUUUGAACCAGUGUUGGACGAGAACUCCAACCUUAUCCCAUCAACGUUUGUGAUCGUGAUCUUUAUCGCUCCUUGUUGUGGUGGAGUGUUCACAGAGGAACCAGAAAGCUAUGAAAUGGUGGGGGGAAAAGUUGAAAAAAUGUCGUUCACAACUUGGAAGAAGAAACUACAGCCUGUUGGUCUGAACAAGAGAAAACAAGAAGUUCCUCCCACAGUUAAACGUAUUUCACUAAGUCCUGCGGCAAAAAAAUGUUGCCAUGACGCUUAUGAGGGUUUAACCGAAGCAACUAAUAACGGUGACAGGAAAUUAUUCACGAUUCGCGUCAGUGAACUUGAACUGAAAUAUCCUGACAACCCUGAAGUACAAUCAGUAGUGUUGUCGAAAAGAGUGAUAGUAAAUUAUCGACAAGGAAAUUUUUCAAAUGCGUUAAGCUUGCUUAAUGAAUUCCAAGAAUGCGUUCCACGGACAGAGCAACCCUUGGUUCUUGAAGUGCAUUUUUGUUAUCUAAAAACAGCAAUGGCGCGUGUGUCUGGCAAAACUGAUGAAUCUCGAGAUAUCUCAACUGACGCUUUAACCAAAGUGGAAGGCGUAGGACCUGGACUUUUUACUGCUGCUCUCUAUUUAGUCCUUGCAUCAAUUUAUGAUGAUAGUCAAAACGACGCAAGAUUAUCGCCGGACAUACUCUGUACCAAGGCACUGGAGCAAUUGGAGUAUGUUGAAGAUGCUCCAGUGACACGGGCAGACCUGUUUCAUAAUGCACACAUCACGUUAGCGACUUUUCAUCUGGGGUAUAAUUUGUCGGUAAAGAUGAUCAAAAAGGACAUCGACAAAGAAAGUCUUCAAAAAGCCCAAGACAGUAUAAUGGCAGUAAAUCAAUCACUAGUUAAAGGAAAUCCGCUAGCGGGAUACAGAAAGAUUUCAUUCAUAUUGGCACAAUCAAUUCUUUACAUUAGACACUCGGAACUUGAACCCGAAAAACAAACGAGACACCUCAAAACAGCAUUUAACUUUGCCAAAGAAGCUGAGAAUCUCGUCAAACAUUCUGGUCUCGUGGAAAUGGUUUGCUGGGCUCAGACUGCAAUUGCUUCUUGUACUGAGGCAUUAUUGCUUGCGAUGUUUAGGAAAACGAAAAACAUAAGGGUAUUUAAAGUAAAGGUAAAAGUGCAGGGGGCAGGAUAUAUCGCUACGGUCUAGAUGAUACCAGUUAGAGUAGUGAGACCUGGUGAAUGAGUUAAACGAGUAAAUAAUAACUACAGUAAUUUCACUGAAGGGAGAUUUGGGAUAUAUAUUGCUCGAAUAGAUUUUCGUAAAACAAGACGUUCUACUCUCAGACUCGUGUUUAAAAUGUGAAUCGGGCUUCCAAUACAAAAGCGGCAGUGAAAUUUGGCACGGGUACCGAUUUUAGCCGUUUCGUGCCGAUAAAUUGAGUGUAGUGUAAACGGGGCUAAAAUAGUACACAUGUUUGCCUAGAAUAUAAAAAUAUACUAUUGCAUCAUCCCUUCCUCCAGCAUAUUAUUCACUUUGCCAACCGUCGACCCGUCGUUCUGUGGCUGAAUAUUGGCCAGAUCAUCUCUUAAACUCCACUUCAUCUACAAUUAGCUACUGAGAUACAAGCAUAUAUGAAAUUUAAAAAUGUGUUUCAAAUACAACUAUAUAUAUUGUUAUUGCAUAUAAUAUAUGCUGAUCCACUUCAAUUGUCAGUCUAGAAAUGUCUUCAGGCAUGACAAAACGUACUUAAAUAACAUUUUGAAAACAUGUAACAUAUGGCUUUUCGUAAAGCAACAUGUUCAGCUCUCGUGUUUAAAAUAAGAAUGAUAUAUACGUACGUUUCCCGCGUUCGCCACAGUAAUGUACACAUAUUUGCCUGUAUAAUAUAUUGAAGAUAAGAAUCAUUUGCGCUGAUUGUUUUUGUUAUUUAGAUUUCUCUGCCGUCUCCGAAAGAGAACUGAGCUACUAUUGCCGGCAGGGGGUAUCACGAGCAUUUGAGGAAAAUACAUGCGCAUAAAUUAAUCUUAAUUUUGGACUUACAAAGCGUGAAUCACAAUCAGAAAUGUCUUUCAAAGAACAUUGCGUGGGUUGAGACUUUCUCCGGUACUGGGAAAAAUCUCCCGUAGGGAAAUUCCCUGGAACAUUUAGGAAUAUCGUAUGAACGCACGAAGUUUAUAAUAUUCUGCUCCAAAUACGUCGUCAGAAGUGACAAGUUUUCUCAACAAA